AAGACGCAAACAGUGGAUUAGAUGCAGGUUGGGAGAAUAAAAUCACUCCCAGUCUUGUGUUAAUUGAUCUGUUUUGGGCAGAAAGAGGGCAGAAAACGUGACCAGGCGCCCAGAGCUUCUGUUAUGCAACCGCUGACCUACUAACACACAUUGCGAGACUGUGAGUGUGUGAGAAACUGGAGCAAAGCAUCCGACAUGAGGACACGAGCGGGGAGGGACUCACAGCGGACAGCAGCACGCCGUCCACAGAGGAAGCACUCCGGGUUAACUUAGAGACGAACACGAGGAACAUUUAGCGACAGGACUGAAAUCUGGCGGCUGAGCAGAAACCAGAACAGACGGAGCGACUGAACGCAGCACUUUCCGAUGCGAGAACAAUAAAGCCCUGCAUUUGCACCAAAUAAUGGGACUCUUCUUCCUCACUGAACCACAGAAGCCUUCAUUUUGAUCUCCUCAGCAGAGACUGAGUUCCAGUGGAGCGUGGACAGACACCUCAACCAACCAGCCUAAAUCUUCAAGAAGAAACUGUUCCACCCAUCAUCCUAUUGGUAGAAUUUCAAACAUUUACCAAGACCUGUCCAAUGAAGGAGGUUUUCAUCAAAUUCCACCUCUUCCUUAUCUUCCUAGCCAAUCUGGGCACUUGAAGUUUCUGCCAACCAUUACAAACAAGAGAAUUCUACAAGGUUCCUCCUUGGAGGAAUACAGGAACAUCAAGCACAUUGACAUCAACUUUUACCUUGUAGCUUCUGAAGCUCCAUUUUCAAUGUCAACCGAGUGGCAGUCCUACCGACUGACCUCUUCAGGAGCACAAUGGAAAGUCAGAAUCUUCCUGUCCAAAAUACUAACAGCAACUUGGAUUCAUUAGAAACAUUUUCAAGUUUCAGCGAGAGUUUGCCAUCACCUCAAACCAACAAUUCUUCUCGGCAAGGCAGGCUUAUAAAACCAAAGCCCAAUGCCAACUGCCGUCGAAAGCGGGAAUUCAUUGCAGAAGAAAAGAAAGAUGCAUCCUAUUGGGAAAAACGGCGCAAGAACAAUGAAGCAGCCAAGAGGUCUAGGGAGAAACGUAGACUCAACGACAUGGUGCUGGAGAAUAGGGUGAUAGCACUGAAUGAGGAGAACAUUCGCUUGAAGACCGAGCUCCUGCAGCUGAAGCUAAGAUUCGGGCUCAUCAGCACAGCCUCGUACAUGGAGAAGACUCAACAGAUCAGCAGUGGGAAUGAGGCUGCAGGAAGCAAUGGUGCCACUGGGGCAACACCAUCUGGAAACCCCUAUUUCUCAAGCAGCGGUUACUCCAGUGCCUCUCAGGUCAUGAUGAACUCUGACUCUUCAGAGGCUGAGCAGUCAACUCGGGGGGAACGUCACACACCGUUACCCAAGUAUUCCCCUUGUGGAUCACUGUCUGAUAUGUCAGAUGGAUCCUCUCGGGACAGUCCUGAGCCAAUGGCAUAUGACAUCAAGCGAGAAAGUUCAGGAAUGGACAUUUCCAGACUUGAGACGAGUGUUCUCAAUGGCAUGUUUAAUGGUCAUCAUGGACUUGCCCAGAUACAGACCCACCAUCUGCAAGAAACUGAGCACCAAGAAACUGUUCCCAACCCUGCUAAUCAACCAGCCACGGCCCAGAGGAGUGUCAUCCUCUACCGCUCUGGCAGCAAUUCAUAUCCUGUUGAGAACCCCAGAGUUGAUGGUGUAGAUCAGCAGCCGGGAUUACCAUCACAGCAAAAUGGACAUGUGGCUCAUGUGACCCAGACAGGAGAAAAUAUGCCAGUAAGAGCAGAUGGUUUAGAGACUCUCUCAGAGGUUGCUCAACAGCUUGCAAGGCGGUCUUUGGAUUCCCCAACUUACGAGUACCCUAAAUGCAAGCUGGAUGCUGGAGAAAUGCAGCGAUUUCCCCCCCAGCAAGAGCACCACCAUCAGGCACAAGACCCUCCUAAAGACUCUGGUCCAAACUCUUUUGCCCCAGACUUGCUCAACGAGGCUGGCAAGGCUCACUUGUACCAGCAUCAGAACCCCUACCUCAGCCCCAUGGAUGAAGAGCCACCUGUGCUGACUUACGAAGGUGAUCCUAGAGCUCACAGAUUCUAUCAAGAGCACUCCUCUUCAAUCAAGGACACCUCCUCGAGUGAUGGAGACCCUCGAAGCUCAGACAAAGAGGCCUCCACUGAUGAUGAAUCCCCAUCGUCCUCUUCCUCAGAAACUGGUGGCUACCAUGCAAGCCAUCAGUUUGCUUGCUCACCAACCAUGGGCAUCAGUGGUGCUUGCCAGACCGGGGACAGCCAAGCAGAAAUGAAAACUAUGGCGCUGCCUCAUAAGCUGAGACUGAAAUACAAGGCACUGUCCAAUGGUGGUACCCAGGAUGCACCCAACUGUGUUGCAACCACCACUGCUGCUUCUCCCAAUUCAACACUGCCUCAACAUCCCUACCUGGCCGUCACACAGGUCAACCAGCACCAGGACAAAGAGGAUGAGGUUGAAGGAGCAGAUGAACUGAGCCCAGAGCAGUCACCAUCCAGAGCAAGCCUGGGUGCCAGGAAGGAAAGUGGAAAGAAGGGGUCAGGGGGACGAGGCAGCAGAAACAAGAAACGUGACUAAGAGGAACUAAAUUAGCCUUCGAUAACAGAUACCUUUAACUGUCCGUUAUAUAACGAAAACACUAUAAGGACACUAAUGCAUGAACGUAAAUUGUUGUUCCAACACUAACCAGAAGGUGGACUUUUUGUGUUCUGAGUCUUUAUGUCUUUAUGAAAGGUCCUCUACUCAAGCACUUAUUAAGCACUUAAAAGGAGUGUGAAUGAAAAGGGGGUUAGUGGAGUUCUUUUACUAAUUCUGUGUUAAAUUCAAGCCCUGAAAGAACAAAACCUUCUCAACGUCGCAUUGCGUCCGCCUGCCCGAAGUUUACCAACUGCUCCCUGUUUUUUAGUUCAGGAACCAAAGACGCAAGAACAAGAAAAGGAAUUCCACUGUCUUCACACAUCAACCACAAGGGUGCCCAGUGUUAGGCCAGAAACAUGCAAGAACACAAACUCAGAUGCUUUAAGAUAAGCAGACAUGCUUUUGUGCAUAGUUGCAUUUAAAAAUGUCAUGACACAGUUUUUAACACAGUGCAAACAUAAUCUGCAUUCUGAGUUACAGCAAGGCACACUGUAACAAAAUCCAAGCUGUCUUUUCACCAGUGUGCUUUCUCAACUGCCAAAGCAGAAAAGCAGUUGAGUCUCACGUAGAAAUGUUUUGCUUACAUAAACAUAUAUAAUAAUACUGUCCAUUUUUAGCUGUUGAAUCAACAAUAGAUUCCUUUUAUACGUGUCCUCAGUUGCCCCCUUGAGCACUGAGUGUUUUAACCACCAGAGCAAUGAAAGAACGCAAUGAGUUAGUACAGAGGGGCUGUGCAUUUGCAAUGAACAAAUGUUGUCAUUUGCACUUGCGUACUUGCAUCGAUUUAAUUUCUGGCCUUCCUCUCGAAGGUCCGGUAUACCUGCAGGUUUUCAUUCUGACCAAGCUGGAGCACACCUGACCAGUUGUUUGAAGACUGAGAUCACUCGAGUCAGGUAUGCUCUUGGCUUGGCAGGAUAACCAGAUACACCGGCCCUUUGCAGAUAAGAUUGGGCACCCUGAUCUACCAGUCUCACUGUCCUACGUGGUCCCUUCAUACGUGACUUUACUCAAAUAUUUGGAUUGUAAAAUACUGUGAUAUAAUUAACAUAUCAUAUUUAAAUAUAUUUUAUGAAAAAAAAAAAGAAAAUCGUAAAAACAAAGUAAGGUCGGAGGGAAAAGCACUAUUUCUUAGCCCUGGAAUUUCUCUUAACAUUGUAUUGUAUCUAAAUGUUGAGGUAAGCAUCUUGUUUUUCGGGUUUGAGUGUGUUGCAUCAAAGAAAAACUGAAUGUUCCCAUGGUCGUGUUACAGCCACUAGUAGGCUAAUGUGAACAAGUCUUCAUCUCUUCACGUUGUAAGAUAAAACCACACAGGAAAAGAAGACUGACUAACUGACCUGCCGUGAGGGUCACUGUGACCAAUCAAUCUGUAAAGCACCUUCGAUAAGCCAGUAUCGUCACCUUUACAGCUGAUCUAGCUUUACUACUAGUGAAUUGUAAAAAUUGUACGAUAUUUCAUUGGCAUACCGAGACCGUUCUUUCUCCCCAUGGUUUCAUAGAUGUUCCAUACACUACCUCAUUUAAAACAAACUGGUUAUAGUGUUAUGAGUGUUAACGUCUAACUAUUCAGAUUAUGCAUUGUAGCUUCACCCAGCUGUCGCUGUGUAAAUAAAACACUACAAAAUGCUGCAUUACACAACAAACCGAACAGGCUCGUCGGUUUCAGACGAAAGCAGGAAGGAAAAAACCAGCAUCGACCCCCACCACCCUGUUAACCUGCGUGUUUUUAUCACGUCGAGUAGCUCAAUGUUGCUCCUGCACUGAAACGUCAGAUUUUUGUAUCUGUGUUGAGUGUUUCGCAAAACAGGUGCCUGCCACUGGACAUUGUGUAUAAAUGUAAAAAAAAUUUACAAAGUUCUCUUUUGAGUAAUGUAAAGUUUUUAUCGAGUUUAUUUUGGCAUUCUAUAACAAUAACUAUUAUUAUUAUUAUUAUUGUAUUUUAUUUUAUAUUUUCAUCCUAUUAUAUAUCUGUCUCUGUUGUCCGUUUACCCGAAUGUGAUCGUGUAGUCGUAGACGUCUGUCUCAUAUCCCACUGAUGUACCCAAGACGUACCAUGUGGUGUUUGUUCAAGUUUUAAGAAUCAAAAAGAAAAAGAAGAUUGUGUGUGUUGCGGUGGGAGUGCUGUUACAGCACUUGCGAUCAUGGUCAUGUUCAGACGAGUGACAAAAAAAAAUUAAAAGUAUGUUGAAUCUUU